AUGCAGCAGAAAAGUGGAGACCUACAGGAUAGUUUCUCCGCUAGCUUUGUUCUCGGAUGGGUUAUCACAAAUGGUGCUGGUCUUGCAUCCUACCCAAUUGACACUGUCCGGAGAAGAAUGAUGAUGACAUCUGGUGUGAAAUCUCUCUUCAAGGGUGCUGGUGCCAACAUCCUGCGUGCUAUUGCUGGUGCUGGUGUGUUGGCCGGGUAUGACAAGCUUCAGUUAAUAGUUUUCGGAAAGAAGUAUGGCUCUGGCGGGGCUUAA